ACCACAGAGGCGGUGUCGCGCUUGGCCGCAGGCGAACGAAUUUCAGCCAGUACCAGUGAGAUUAAUUAUUACGAUUAUUUACUGAUGUUUCAUUUGAAAACGUUUUUGUUUUAUGCCUAAUUUUUAAACAACUCUAAUUAAGAUUACACAAAUUUCACUCGUUGACUUAACAGAAUUUAGCCAUAUUUUAUAGCACGACCGCCCCUCCUUCAUAUGGAAUGGUUUAGUCUGGCGUUGGGCUUGUCAAUUUUAAUUAGAACAAAUAAUAAUUUAUCCUUUACGAUUUUUUUGAUAGAUCAUAUAUAGCUAAUUAGGCUCUUAGCGACCAUUUUAUGCUGAGAACAUUGUUUAUGAAUAUAACUAAAUGCAAAAAGGUUUGGGGGAAAUAGUUUUUCAAAUGACUGGAUACACCCCUACCCAAAUAGUUUCAACCUGCCACUUCCUUGUUUUUCAAAAGUUUAUUUUGAAAAAAGUUGGUUGCGUUUUCGGCGUCUCCUUUAUUAAAGCGUCUCCACAAAUAGCAAGAGUCGCUGUAUAUUUAUCAGAAAUGAAUUAAACGCAUGAAGAGAUUUGAUGGUUCAUGACAGUAGCUAGCUCGAAGGCUGGCUCUUGAUUUUGGAGGGUGAGACACGGAGAGUUUGAUCAAGCCAGAAUGUUAUCCGCUACCGCUGCCAGCGACGAGGAUUUCAGCCUCAGGUUUCCACUGCAUGUCCUGGUGUGGGAGAAUGAUUACAGGAAGCUGGAAAGAGAGCUACAGACGAGUAACAUUGAAGAGGUGGAUCCCAGGGGCCGGACCCCUCUGCACCUGGCCGUCUCACUUGGACACUUGGAGUCGGUGAGGGUGCUGCUCAGACACGGCGCGGAUGUUUCCAAAGAAAAUGAAAAACAUUGGACAGUGCUGCAGGAAGCGGUUAGCACAGGAGAUCCAGAGAUGGUGCAGCUGGUGCUCCAGCGGCGAGAUUAUAUCAAAGCCUCCACUGCGCUGGGUGGCGUUCCAGAGCUACUGUGCAAGAUCCGAGAGUCUCCAGAUUUCUACAUGGAGAUGAAGUGGGAGUUUACUAGCUGGAUUCCUCUCGUAUCCCGCGUGUGUCCCAGUGACGUGUGCAGAAUCUGGAAGAGUGGGGCCUGUCUGAGAGUGGACACCACCCUGCUGGGCUUUGAAAACAUGACCUGGAUCAGAGGAAGAAGAAGCUAUAUCUUCAGAGAAGAGAACAACUGCACUGAGCUGAUGGAAGUUAAUCAUGAGGACGAGGUGGUGGACACCGAGCGCUUUGAUCUCUCCCGCGAGAUGGAGGAUGUCACUCUGGACUCCAUGCAGCCCGCUGAACAGGAAGUUGCCAAGAGGCUGACAACACCCAUUGUCAACACAUUUCUGGACACAAAGGACAUUGCGUUUGAGAGGUCUAAAUCCGGUAUCUGGGGUUGGAGGUCAGACAGAACAGAAGUAGUAAAUGGAUUUGAAGCCAAGGUUUUUUCAGUGAACAAUGUGAACGUUGUGAUUCGCACCAGGACGGAGCACCUCACAGAUGAGGAGAAGGCCAGGAUAAAAAGUGAAAGGAAUGUUCUGGAAUCUUUACUUGGCACAGUAGAACAACAGAUCGGUGCUCAAGGGGACAUGACUAUGGAGUUUGCCACUGCCACAAACCCCACAGCUAUUACUCCAGAGGAGUACUUUAACCCCAACUUCGACCUGCAGGGUAGAGAUAUCGGUCGACCCAUUGAGCUCACCAUCAGAACACAGAAGUUUAAAGGCACCUUGUGGAUGAGCGAGGAGCAUCCUCUGUCUCUGGUGGAGCAGGUCACUCCCAUCAUUGAUCUGAUGGCUCGCACCAGCACUCACUUUGCCCGACUCAAGGACUUCAUCAACCUCAGGUUUCCCCCUGGUUUUCCUGUGAAGAUCGAAAUCCCGUUGUUCCAUGUCUUGAAUGCCCGCAUCACAUUUGGAAACGUCAACAAGUGCAGUACAGAUGAGCCUCUGGACACCAACCAAUCAGCUUCAACUCCCACACCUACAGAAGAGAAGUGUGGCAACCAGGCUUCAGGACCUGCUCCAUUCCAGGUGUGUCCGUCUGUGUUCAUGGCACCAGCACACUAUCACCACCGAGGAGGCUACCGCCACUCCAGCACACGCCAUUACAACCCAGUGCAUCAUGAUGAAGAGCUGCUCCAGUAUGCCAUUCACCAGAGCCUGCUUGAGUCCAGUGCACUUAAUUCACAGGACACUUUGAGUGAUUUUGAUGGGCAGGUGACACAAUCCAUGACGAACCGGUUGAGUGAUGGGUCUGAGUCUGAGGGAGUUUUAGUAGACCUCAGUGACACCACACCCUCAAGCUCUGGCUCCACCUCCAGCCCCGACACUGACCUGCGAUUGGCUAUGGAGCUCUCGGCCCGGGCACAGGAGGAGGAAGAAAGGAGAAGGAAAGAAGAAGAAGAGGAAUUAGAGAGGAUUUUACAACUCUCCUUACUGGAAAAGUGACAGAGUAAGAUGAGGGAAGGAAAGACAAAGGGAGUUCCUGUUAUUGCCAUAACCAUUAACUUUUUUAUUUAUACCUUUCUUCAGAUUCACACAGCUCUCUGUUGCCACUGACAUACGACUACACUUAGUUACAUAUUAAGUUUGGAGUCAACAUCUGAAAAGUUCUUCCUUAUCCAAAAAAUAAGCAAUUUUUUUUUUCAUGAUUUUUACUGCUUUCCAUUUUCUUUCCCUCCUUUAAAGAGGUGAUCACGCAUGUAUUUUAUAAGAAAUCCAGUGCUGCUUUUUUAAGAUUAUGUGGUAGAAAGGUUGUGAUGUCCUUGACAGUCCAAACAUGAACCUGUGUGAGUUUGUACAUCUUGACAGUAGUGAAAGGAAGGUUUUUUGCAUUAACAUUAGCUUUAGGUUUAUAUUAAUAAUAUAUCUCAGGGUUAAACUGAUCACCAGUUAUCGGUUCCUUUAAUACCAUUUUAUACACAGCCAAGGAAAGUGAAAGAAAUGAAUGUUUUACACAAAGCAGUAGGACAGUACCCGUGUGCUUUUGUCAUUAGACAAUUUCUGACCGAAGCAUCUCUACUAUAAAGGCAAUAAACCACACACCGCUGUGCCUCGCUGGAGUAAGAGGCACUCAUACAGACCGGAAUAUUCCUGAAAGGGGCUGUCCGAUGUAAGCCAAUACGCCUCAAGCUUUUAGUCUGCCUAAUUUGUAAAAUGAUACAAUAAAACCGCUUGGAUCGCCAUAAGUAUGUUGUAAUGCAAGGCAUAAAUGUGGCAGUACUGGGUCACUUUUUCUGGCACCAACCAAACCUCAUGCUACACUAAAGGACUAGGGGAAUGUGUGACGAGAAAACCAGCUGUUUUUGUUUCGGAAAGUGACGUUAAAUUGUGGUUGGACAGCAUUGUUUGCUGACUGAGGUUCUGAUGUGGCAAAUGUGGAAGAACCUGCCCUGCUCUGUUUGGGAAUCUUUUGGGAACCUCAUGCUGUUCCUUCCUCUUGUAGCUGACAGUGCUAUUUAUUUUGUCAAAAUUGUUUUUUCCUUGAUGUCUUGAAUGUUCUUUUGUGUAAGUGUUUUUAAAGCCUUGUGAGGCUCGAAAGACGUCUGAGUGUUGACUAUUGACUUACAGCUUGCAGUAUCUCUCUCACUACUUUUUUGUAUGAACCAGUGUGUGCUUGAACCGAUUUUAACUGCAUCUGUCACCUCAUGAUUUUUAGACAUUUAUAUUGCUUUAUUCUUCUUGUGGUGAACAAGGACCUGAGGCCACGAGUUUGCAUUUAUAAUAGGGAUGUUGUAAUAACAAGUUGUUGAUUUUAGUUUAUGCUGCAUUGAAAUAACAGACUAGAAUAAAUCAAAUGUUCUGACUAGGAUUAUUCACACACAAUUAUUCCCGGACACAGAACUUAGUUUCCUUCUUUAUUUAAAACCUAAUUUGAAUUUUGGUAUUUGGGUAUAAGUCUUAACUAAUUGCCAAAAUGUUUAAUGGUCUUUACCGGAUCAGGGUUAGUGUUGGUUUGAUUCUCGGUUAAUUGUCAUUGAUGCAAAAUGCGAGUUUAAAGUAUCCUGUUUGAGCAUGUUGAAGAAAUCCUGAAGGCAUUUGUAAACUGUGAUGUAUGAUUGACACACAAAAAAAGAUGUUUUUACUUUAAUAAAAGCACUUUAUUGACUUUA